CAAUAUCGUGAUGUGAACUACAAAUCCCAGCAGCCAAAGAGCUCGGAGGAGCGGGCGAUGCCGGGAAGUGUAGUCUCUGCGGAAAUGAGGAGCUCGGGAAGCGGGUGAAGGCCGCGCGCGGCAUGCUGGGAGUUAUAGUGCGCUUUUGCGAGGAUCAAGCGCUCAUGGCGUCAGAUGUGGAUAACGGCGAGACGGCGGCUUCAGCUCUGUCCGUAGAAGAAGGACGCGACCGGUGUGAGAGCCCCGCGCUGACCCAGGGGACGGAGCCCGGGGCCAGUCAGGAUGAAGCCAUGUUUGUCCGCGCUCAGUCAUACGAGGACCUGACUGGAGAAGUGGAGGGCCCCGGGCCCCAGGGUGAGAACAUGGAGGAGAUCACUCAGGACUUCAGUAAGCUCAGCACUCAGCUGAGUGUAAGCUCCACCCACAGCGACGAGCAGGAGGUGACCCCGGAGUGUGCGGACCCCGCGCCGCCGCAGGAGGAGGAGGAAGGGCCGCUGGACGACUGGUACCAGCAGCAGAAGCACGUGUUUGUGCUGAGCGAGGCGGGGAAGCCAGUGUAUUCUCGCUACCGCUCAGAGGAGGCGCUGUCCAGCACCGCCGGAGUCAUGAUGGCGCUUGUGUCCUUUCUGGAGACGGAAAAAAACGCCAUCCGGUCGAUCCAUGCAGACGGCUACACGGUGGUAUUUGUGCGGCGCUCCCCGCUGGUGCUGGUCUCCGUGUCGCACACCCGGCAGUCGGAGCAGGAGAUUGCGCAGGAGCUGCGGUACGUCUACUACCAGAUCGUCAGCCUGGUCACCGGGGCUCAGCUCCACCACCUCUUCCAGCAGCGGCCCAGCUACGACCUGAGGCGACUACUCACCGGCUCAGAGCGCAUCACUGACAACCUGCUGGACUCCAUGGACUCUGACCCCAGCUUCCUCCUGGCCGCCGUCCGCGUUCUGCCUCUAACCCCAGGACUGCGGGACGCUGCCACGUACUGUCUCCAGCAGGCCAAGGCCAAGAGCUUGGUCUUCUCCAUCCUGAUGUCCAGGCAGCAGCUGGUCACUCUGGUCAGGAGAAAGGACCAGUAUCUGCACCCCAUCGACAUCCACCUGCUCUUCAACCUGGUGACCUCGUCCAGCUCCUUCCGGGAGGGCGAGGCCUGGACGCCCGUAUGUCUCCCGAAGUUCAACCCGUCCGGCUUCUUCCAUACCCACAUCUCGUACCUGAGCCACCAGCCCGAGCUGCUCCUACUGAUGGUGGCCACCGACCGUGAGGACUUCUUCACUGUGUCCAACUGCAAGAGGAAGAUAAUGGAGCGGCUGGAGAAGCGAGGGACGUGGGCGCCACUGAUGGAGGCUCUGUGGGCCGUUCCCUAUGACGUGGCACAAGCUGGCAUCCCAGAACUGAGACAUUUCCUGUACAAGUCCAAGAGCUCUGGACUCUUCACCAGUCCGGCGAUGGCCGCUCCUUACAACACGGAGGGAGAAGAGAAGCGCCUGGUGUCGCUGUACCAGUAUCUGCACGGCCGGGCACACUGCAGCGCACACCCGCUCACAAGCAUCUACCACAUGGGGCCCCAGGAGAACACCGUGGCCUGGGUUGCUUACAAUGGCCGCUCUGUGCUGGACCCUUUGUCCUCCUCUGGGGUGAGCGUGGACCCUGCUGUGGAUUGUCUUCUCCAAAACUUCCUGAUGGGGCCUUUCGGUGGGAUCCUCGUCAUCAUCCUCUGGGCCUCCUUGGCCUCCACGUGGCAGUGUCCAGUCAUACCCUUCCAGUCUCUGGAUCGUGACGUCCAAUAUGAGCUGCCUCGCUUCACCGCUCCAGGCACCAUCCAAAACGUGGCUGCCAGGGAAGACGAAGGCUCCUUACUGUUCCUUACGACUACCAACCGCCUGCACGUGGUGAGAAGCUCCGACCUCCACCACCUGCAGGAUCUCCUCACCGGCCCCACCCAGAACUCCGGGUGCAUGAUGGGUAGUGCCCUCCCCAAGCAGGGGCAGAACACGGACAGCGAGGUGCUGGUGGUGGAUCCGGAGGAGAGCUUCCUGUACAGCUGCAGCUCCUCUUUCCACGGACUUUGCUUCGUACAUGAGUUCAAUGACUCUGCGAUCGUGAAGACUUCCUGUCUGUUCCGGGAGCAGGGGAACGCCCCGUCGUUGUGCCCAGACUGUAUCGCCAGCCCCCGGGGCACCAUGGUCACCGUGGUACAGUACAGGCGGCACGUCUACUUCUAUGUGGCAUCUUCUGUGGAUUCUAAUGUGACAAAGGAUUACGGCACCACCUCCCUGUCCAUCCGGCGGCUCCUCACAUCUCAGGACGGAUUUUCCAGUGAUUUCCACUCGCUGACGGUCAUCCCGCCAUUCCUGGACACUUACCUCAUCCGCUACGUUUACACCUUCAGCACCGCAGGUUACGUCUACUUCUUGACUGUGCAGCGAGAAAGCCUAGAGUCCCGAACCUAUCAGAGCCGACUUGUGCGCCUCAGCGCCGAAGAGCAAGACCUGAAGAGCUAUCGGGAGCUGGUUCUGGACUGUCGUGUGGAGGAGAAGCGGCGUCGCAGGUCACAACCCAGAACCUUCAAUGUCCUGCAGGCGGCCCACGUCGUGGGGGUGGGGAAGGACCUGGCCACGGAGCUGGACCUGCAGCCCGAUGACCUCGUGCUCUUUGCUGCAUUUGCUCAGAGCGAAACAAACAGCGAAAAACCCCUCCGAAAAUCAGCGCUGUGCGCCUUCCCGCUGCGGCUCAUCGAGCGCUCCAUCCAGGAGGGAAUGAAGAAAUGCUGCAGCAUCGAGUACACGGAGAGACUGUCCCGAGGCCUCCGCUACUACCAGGACAACCACUACUGCCCCCAAAACGUGAGUGACUCUGCCCCGGUCCCUGACCGCAGUUGCUGGGCGGUUCCGACGCUGGUGACUCCGCCGUUGGCUCGCCUGGAUCUGUUUAAUGGACGUUUGAACGGGACGCUCCUGACCGCCUUGUUUGUCACCACCAAUGACAGUAUCACCGUUGGUCACCUCGGCACCUCGGACGGUCGCGCGCUGCAGGUCAUCCUGCAGCGUAACAGUAAUCCGCUGUUCCUGUCCAACUUCUCGCUGAGCGCCAGUCACCCGGUGUCACGUGAUGUCACCCGCAUCGGCGACGACCUUUUUUUCAUCACUGGGAACCAGGUGACCAAGGUCAGCGUCAGGGGCCCCGGCUGCCGCCACCUCCUCAGCUGUAGCCGCUGCCUGCGGGCCCCUCGCUUCAUGGGCUGCGGAUGGUGUAACAAUGGCUGCUCUCGAAUGGAGGAUUGUGAAGGAGGAUGGAACCAGGACACCUGCCCCCCUAUAAUCACCGACUUUUAUCCCCGCGUGGCUCCUCUGCGCGGUCGGACAAACAUCACCAUUUGCGGCAGAGAUUUCCAGUCUCACGAGGUCUAUUAUGGGCCCCCCAAUUCACAGAUCAUGGCGCAGACUCACCAGGUGUUUGUGGGGCAGCGGCUGUGCUCUGUGGACCCACUAAAGAGCAGCAGCAGAAGACUGGUGUGCACGUUACAGACACAGGGGCCGCCGGAUGCCGCCUCUCCCGCUGACAUCACCGUAAAAAUUAGAGAAAAUCUGAACAACGUGGCCUAUUCCGUGGAUGGCAGUGCCACAGUCAGCGGGUUCAGCUACGUGGAGCCGCUGCUGAUGUCCGUGUCUCCGUCUUUCGGACCUGUGGCUGGAGGGUCUCGUCUCACUCUGAAGGGCCAGAACCUGAGUGCGGUGGAGAAUCGGCGCGUCUAUAUCGGAGACGCGGAGUGCACCGUGUACAGCCAGUCGUGUCCAGCAAAUGACCUGUGCUGUGUGUCCCCUCCCGUCUCCUUCCUGGGACCCAAAGACAUCAUCCUAUGGUUGGACGGAGCUCAGACUCCUCACCCUCAGACCUUCACCUACAAGCCAAACCCAAUUGUCAGUAGUAUCCAACCCAACUGCAGCCUAUCCCGGGGAAGCUCUCUGACCAUUCGUGGCUCGAACCUGGAUUCUGUGUCCAGUAUAACGGUCUGGUAUCAGGGCAGGAAGCAGGUGUGUGACCAGGCCUUCACCCCCAGCCGCGUCCUCUGCAGCACCCCCUCCACGUUAGAUGAUAAGACGCCCACCAGGCGGUCCGGGGUGCUGAGUCUGGAGCUGGACGGGUACUCCUAUAACCACUCCGGGAACUUCCCCUCCUUUAAUUACACCAUUUACCCGUUUGAAAAUGAGAACCGUUUCCAACUGAAAAAGGGGGACAACGAGAUCGAGGCGCACCACAUCUUCCUGGCUCGACUGAACGGCUGCCUCGAUGUCUCCAUGACGGUGGACGGCCGGGAGUGUUACCCCAAAGUCCUGGAGAAUGAGAUCACCUGCAGGAUCCCAAAAGAUGUGGUCAUCCCAUCAGAGGGGGCAGUCGUCCAGGUUUGUGUUGACGGUUUUUGCACGGAUUUGGGUCACUUGGUUGUGGUCACUCUGCUGGAGCCGGUCCUGGGAAUUGCACUGGGGACAGUCGCCUCCAUAGUGGUCGUCGCAGUUUUAAUUUUCCUUCUACUAAAGGAAAGAAAAAAAGGAAAGAAGAAAGUAGCAGAAAACCUGGAACUGCUGGCAAAUAACCGAGAAGUGGUCGUCUCUCCAAUCGCCUUCCCUCAUGGCGACUACAGGGGGUCCUAUAUCCCCAGCAGCAGUUCCGGUGGUGUGUCAUUCCGCGGGGGCCUGUACUCUGGGGGCAGCGUCGGCGGCGGAUCCGUGCCCAUCCUACUCACCAGUCUCCUUGAUAACCUGAGGCCGGAGCUGCUGGAUGAAGUGAAGGACGUCCUGAUCCCUGAGAGCCGCCUGAUCACACACCGCGAACGGAUAAUAGGGAAAGGUCAUUUUGGAAGCGUUUACCAUGGAAUGUACACAGACGAGGAGGGCCACGAGCUGCACUGCGCUGUCAAGUCCCUCAACAGGAUCACGGAUGUGGAAGAGGUGGAGGAGUUUCUCCGGGAGGGGAUCCUGAUGAAGGGCUUUCAUCACCCCCACGUCCUGUCCCUCAUCGGGAUCUUUCUGCCGCGGGAGGGGCUCCCCCUGGUAGUCCUCCCGUACAUGUCCCACGGGGACCUGAGACACUUCAUCCGCAGCGAGGACCGGAACCCCACGGUGAAGGAUCUGGUCGGCUUCGGUCUGCAGGUCUCCCGGGGAAUGGAGUAUUUGGCGCAGAUGAAGUUUGUGCACAGAGACCUGGCCGCCCGAAACUGCAUGCUCGAUGAGGCGUAUAAAGUGAAGGUGGCGGAUUUCGGCCUCGCUCGGGAUGUGUUUGAUAAGGAAUAUUACAGCGUCCGACGUCAUAAGAACGCGCGUCUGCCGGUGAAGUGGAUGGCACUGGAGAGUCUACAGACCCAGAAAUUCACCACCAAGAGCGAUGUGUGGUCUUUUGGGGUGCUGCUGUGGGAGCUGAUGACACGAGGAGCCCCCCCAUAUCCAGAUGUGGAUCCAUAUGAUAUUACCCGAUACCUGUACAGGGGGAGACGUCUCCCACAACCAGAGUACUGCCCGGACCCCCUCUACACCCUGAUGCUGCAGUGCUGGAAUCCGCAUCCCGAGGAGCGGCCGAGCUUCACCCAGCUGGUUGGCGACAUGGAGGUGAUCUCUAGCUCCCUGUGGGGGGACCACUACAUUAAUCUGAAUGUAACGUACAUCAACCUGGAACGCGACCAGUUCUACCCACCGGCGCCACCUGGCUCCGAGGAUGAGCUGGAGAACUUCAUUACUGACGAGGAGGAGGAUGAAGAGGAUGAGGCAAAUGGAAUGAUGUGAGCGUCAGCUGACAGGUCAGGAGGACGCUCCUCAUAGGACUCUCAGCAGAGCGGUGAGGCUUCAUCUACAGCAGAGCGAGUCCUCCUGCAGCUGCACUGACACACUGUUACUACUGCGCCUCAGUGAAACAGCUGGAGGGCCUGACAUUCAGACAAGAUGCAGAAGGAAACGGCACUGUAAAGUUUGGAUGCAUCUUGUGUCACAGCAAAGUGUGGAGUCCGCUGCGCCUCGUGCCUCAGGAGCUUCUAAUGGACGGACACGGUACCAUGUUCUGCGGGGGAGGUACCUUCGCCCUGAGAAACAUUUUCUAUAGUUUUUUUACUUUCUAAACCUCCAUAACUCUAAUGUACAGCAGGCGAUUACUUACACUGUGACCGCAGGGCCCAUUGUGGGGCGAUACUUGAAGAGCACAGGGUCAUAUCCUCCAUGUAUAUAUCGCUACCAAGAGAAAUAUUUUUAUACAAAGAUUUGGGAAAAGAAACUUCUCGCCAAGUGAGGACUGUAAAUAAAGGAAAUUUACUUUCUUA